AUGGCAAAUCUUCCACGCCUUUACCUCCUGUCCACAGCGACUUCAUCCACAACAUUUCUCUACCAGACCCGAACUCUCUCGCAAUUAUAUCAGAGGUCCCCAUUGGUCCACCAAUUUCACCGCGAAUAUUCUACCGAACAAAAAGAUCCAGGGAGAGAAGUAAAAGCAGUUGGUUCUUCAGCAGACCCAGACCUACAAGACCAAAAUGACUCCACAAAAUCAACACCAACCGAUCCUCCACGACGCACAAGCUACCUCCGUCAUCGCGGUGCUGCAGUUCCUCGCCCAAAAGUAAAAGGAACUAAACCGUCGGCCCCAAGACUGAAGCUCAACACGAUCACUCGAAAUGAGCGGGAGGCUUUUGGGGGUCUCUUGACCAGGUUGAAUACUGCGCAGAAAAGCCCACCGCUGGAGACCCAUGAGCCAGAUUCGGUACCAAAGACCGAGGACCUCUUGGCCGUAAUGAGCAUUUUUGAAUCGAUCCUGGAGGACAAAAGCGCCGCCGCCAAGGAGUCUCGAGCCGCCAAGUUCCAGGACGGCACGCUAUCAGACAAAGGCCCUUCUCGCAAAAGCGACCAACCAGAGGAAACAGUCUAUGAGGCAGAGGAUGUCCGAAUCGGCGAUCUGGGUUUGGAGGUAUCCAGUGCAGGAACCAAUGCAGAUUCCGUUGUCACCCUGACAGAGGCAGUGAACAUGAUUGUGGAGCGAGAGGCGAAGAGAAUUGAAUCCGAGCUUUUCCAGGCCGUUGAGCAGGGCAAGGGCGAUGCAGGCCUCUGGGCUGUCUGUAGGGAACGGAUCUUCACUAUGAUAAGUCAUAUAGGAGGUCCGAUUAGUGCAAAUGACCAGAAUCUGGAUCCCGACUCUGUCAACGCAGCGCAUUCAUCCGGGCCGUUGAACAUCCCGGCCGCGGUCCCAGCUGGCCCCGUGGUCGCGAAGCUCUACCCGCAACUUCUCCUUCUCGCAUUCAGAAUCCUUAGCACCCAUUUCCCGCAAUCACCACUCAUCAGCCAAUUCCGGACUGCGGCCAAAGCGCACGGCAGCUCUUCUGCAUUCUUGGGAACCUCUCAGACCCUUUGCGACGAGUUGAUGGAUUUUUACUGGUACAGCUGCAACGAUCUCCCUGCGGUGGUUUCAUUCCUACGUGAUAUGGAUACUGCUGGCCUGGAUCCAAGUCGCCGGGUUCGCAAGCUUCUACGAGACAUCGUUCAACAACAUGAUCGGGAUGUGAAGUCCACCCGCAAAGCUGGAGGUGAACAUUUUUGGGAUGCACCGCCGAAUCAAAAAGCGUUUCAUGAGCUUGCAGGGUCGGGUGGCUGGAUUGAAACCAUCAACUCUCGCAAGCUUCAACGGCGUAGGACUGCCAUACCCGUGCCGAGGAUGUGA